AUGCCUAACACAUCUCGCGUCUGGUUCAUCACCGGUACUUCCAGCGGGCUAGGUAAAGCCACUGUAGAAGCUAUCCUUGCUGCUGGAGAGCGCGUCGUUGCAACUGCUCGUAAGCCCGAAGUCCUCGAUUACCUCAAAGAUAAAUUCCCCUCAACUCAGCUCCUCGUACUCCCACUGGACGUUACGAACGAGACACAGAUCAAACUGGCAUUCGAAACGGCGAUCAAGCAAUUCGGUAGGCUGGACAUCGUGGUUAAUAACGCCGGUUACGCCGUCUUCGGUGAAAUAGAAGCCAUACCGGAGGAGGAUGCACGCAGACAGUUUGAGGUACAAUUCUGGGGGCCAGUGCAUGUUAUAAAAGAGGCAAGCACCGACUUGGCUCUCGCUGUCAAAAUAUUCAGAGAAGUGAAUCCCAGGGGAGAAGGUGGACGAGUAUUCAAUGUCAGCAGCGUCGGCGGUUAUAUGGCCAAUCCUACUCUCGCAUAUUACAGUUCUGGUAAAUUUGCAUUGGAAGCUUUCACAGAAUCUUUUCUGAAAGAAAUGGAUCCGAAAUGGAACAUAAAAGGCACCAUCAUCGAGCCUGGAGGUUUUGACAGCGAAUGGAAGGGCACUUCCGCCGGCCAUAUCCCACCACAUCCUGCUUACACGGAAGAUACGAAUCCGUGUCAUAUGUUCCACAAAAUCCACGAAAGCAAUGGUCCUGUUUUGGGGAGCGCUGCUCGUAUGGGGCAAACAUUGUACAAGUUGGCGGACGAGCCGACAUUGCCCCUGAGAAUUCAGUUUGGAAGUGAAGCCCUUUUUUUGGUCAAAACACAGGCCCAGAAGACGAUAUCGGAGGCCGAGAAGUGGGGCCAUGUAUCACGUUCAACAGACAAAGAGGACAUGGACGGCGAAGAAUACGUGAAGGGCUUGAUGGCUUCUGGGAACUUCAAUAGACUCAAAGACCAAUAG